UCUCCUCUUUUCCUCUCGUCUUCCUCACCUCCCAAAACCCUAUCUCCGCUCUCCUUCUCUGACCCUGUCCCUGUCCCUGCCCCUCCGCCACACAAUCCCGUAUCUCUGCACAUCACAGAAUCCAUAUCCUUCAUUAUGUCGUAAUUUCUUCUUCUCUAAAAGGAUAAAGUCCAUUUUAAUCUAUAUUGAUUGUCUUCAACCUUCUAACAAUAACAGGAAAAAGAGAACCCUGUUCUUCUUUUUCCUGUUUUCUACCAUUGUAACCCUUUGGUUUUUUUCUUGAUUGACCGUUUAGAAUUUAAAUUACUUUCAUUUGAUUUUUGUUUCUUUUUUUACCCAAAAAGUGAAAGAAAGGGAAAAUGGCAAUUGCUUAUCCUCAUUUUAUAGGGUCGGAAAAUGCAUCCAUGGAUACAGGGUUCCCAUCCCUGUCUCUCCCUACACCUCUAUCCCCGCCGGUAAUCCUGACCCAAGAUGAGCUAAAGAAAAUAGCAGCCUACAAGGCGGUGGAAUUUGUGGAGUCUGGCAUGGUUCUCGGUCUCGGAACUGGGUCCACCGCGAAGCACGCUGUGGACCGCAUAGGGGAAUUGCUGAGGCAAGGCACGCUGAAGAAUAUCGUUGGAAUUCCUACCUCCAAGAAAACCCAUGAACAAGCGGUGUCUCUAGGAAUUCCGCUGUCGGAUCUUAAUGAGCAUCCUGUCGUUGAUUUAGCGAUUGACGGCGCUGAUGAGGUUGACCCGGAUCUCAAUCUCGUCAAAGGCCGAGGUGGGUCUCUCCUCAGGGAGAAAAUGGUGGAGGGUGCUUGCAAAAAGUUUGUUGUCAUCGUCGAUGAAUCCAAGUUGGUUAAUUAUUUGGGAGGAAGUGGGCUGGCUAUGCCUGUGGAGAUUAUCCCCUUUUGUUGGAAGUUUACUGCAAAGAGGUUGCAGGACUUGUUUGAGGAUGCGGGUUGCUCUGCGGAGCUAAGAAUUGAAAAUGGAGAACCUUUUGUCACCGAUAAUGGUAAUUAUAUUGUGAACUUGUUUUUCAAGAGGGAUAUUGGAGAUUUGAAGGCUGCUAGCGAUGCAAUUUUGAGGAUUGCUGGCGUGGUGGAGCAUGGGAUGUUUCUUGACAUGGCUACUACUGUGAUUGUGGCAGGGGAGCUAGGCAUCACCGUCAAGAAUAAGCAUUAAGGGCCUCAGGAAUUGAUGGUUGUUAUUGAACAAUUCAACAUCUUUAUUUGUAGGGGAUCAAAUUAGAAUUCUUGAUAAACCAAAUCAGAUUGUUGUAACAGUGAAAGAUUUUUAGGUUCCUUGGCAUGAUUGAGGAAGACUGAGGUGGGUCUCCUCAAGUUUUGCUAUUGAAUUUUUUAGACAAUUUAGCAAAGAAGGAUUUUAGAAAUGUUAGGAUUUUGAAGCCAGCUGAGGGAAAAACAUGCUGUAUUCAGCUGAGCAUAUCAUUUCAAUAUAAAAAUCAGCUCAUU